GCUUCCCCCCCGUUGACCACCCCUUCAACACAUCCACUCCACAGCAAAGAUGUUCUCAAGGACGUUCCUCCGCUCAAAUUUCGCAAGGCAAGCCGUCCGGCCGGCGGCGCGCCCAAUCGCCUUCCGGGCCCCGCUCCCCUUCCUCACCCAGCACCGCCUCAUCUCCGACGAGACCAAGCAGGCCAUCGAGAACGCCGUCGGCUCCGCGCCCGUCGUGCUCUUCAUGAAGGGAACCCCCGAGACGCCCCAGUGCGGCUUCUCCCGCGCCUCGAUCCAGAUCCUCGGCCUCCAGGGCGUCGACCCCUCCAAGUUUGCCGCCUUUAACGUCCUGGCCGAUCCCGAGCUGCGUCAAGGCAUCAAGGAGUUCUCCGACUGGCCUACGAUCCCCCAACUCUACGUCGACAAGGAGUUUGUCGGCGGCUGCGACAUUCUCGUUUCCAUGCACCAGAACGGCGAGCUGGCCAAGCUUCUCGAGGAGAAGAAGGUCCUUGCCGAGGGCGAGGGCGAGGGCGAGAAGAAGGAGUAAGAGGAGGGAAAGCAAGCUAGAUGUCCAGCGCCGGAAAGCGUUUGGAAGACUGUACAACUGUAUCAUACCAAAGGGAAGGCAAGUCAUGCGUGGGUCAUGGCCGGAGGAAAUAGAGUGGUAUUUAUUGGCAAACUCCUAAACAAUACUUUUUUAUUUUU